UCUGGUCCAUAACUUCUUCAUAGAUCAAGAAAUUUGAAAGUAUUUGGCACAAAAAGUCACAAUAAUAAGAUGAUAUGUCAUGCUCAACACCUGUGUCCCUACCUCCAAGGUCAAGGUCACACUUAGAGGUCAAAGACUACAUAGUCUGUUAUAGGGUAUAUUUUGUGUCUAGUCCAUAACUUCUUCAUAGAUCAAAGGAUUUUAAAAAUACUUUGCACAAAUAACUACAAUAAUAAGACAAUAUAUCAGGCACAAAACAUGGGUUCCUACCUCCAAGGUCACACUUAGAGGUCAAAGAUUAACAUCAUCUGUUAUAUGGUAUAUUUUGUGUCUCAUCUACAACUUCUUCAUAGUUCAAGGGAUUUAAAGUUCACAAAUAGUAACAAUAAUAAGACGAUAUGUCAUGCAAAACACUUACACCCCUACCUCCAAGGUCAAGGUCACACUUAGCGGUCAAAGUCAAACAUGAUAGAUUUUUAAAUUCCGUGUUUCAUUUUAUUUCUUUAAUAAAUUUAUUGUAGCAUUUUGCACUGAAAGUCCCAGGUAAAUCAAUACCUCAGUCUUUUGAAAUAGCACAAUUUUAUGCUUCAUAUAAAACUUCCCUGAGGUGGGGGACGUUGGAAACUCUGUUACAAAUUCUUGUAAAUCUAGCAUCCAUAUUUCCAGAAUGUCAUCUCCCCCUUAAACUUCAAAUUUUCUUUAUUUAUUCGAUAACUUUUCAUAUUUCUUCAAAUUUCAAAUACAUGUUCAUUAUCAACACCUACAUCAUAAUUUUAUGUGAGAUUUAUAAGUCUAGGGCUUUGGGGUUUCCAUAUUUUUUUCAUUUUGAACUUGGAAUUUAUUUGAAAAUUGUUAUAUAUUUUUUAAGUUGUCUUCUUUGUUACUAUAAAUGGUAUCUAAAAUAGAGAAGGUUCAUAAGUAUAGCAAUUUUAUUUCAAGAGUUAUCUCCUCUUUAGUUUAAGUAUUUUGCUUUUAAAAAUGUUAUUUUCUGGUUACAGCCAGGAAGGUUCCAAACAGAUUUACUUCAAAUAGAGAAAAGUUGAAACAUUUGUUAUAUAUAUUCAUCCUGAGAAAAUUUGAUCUUUUGAUUAUCUGUUGUAUAAACAUAAUUUUCUUACUAGGCAGGGAUACUUAACAUAUUACCAUGAUACAGACAAAGAACUCAAAAGUUCAUUCAUGUCUUCCACAAUGGCAUAAUUGAGUGGCCAUGACCUUCAGAAUGUUGCUGACAUACUUUUUAUUUCUAACCAGUAGGGGACUUUUGUAUUGCUUGCAAUAUUUUGAUAAUUGCUUGUUUUAUACUUGGAAAUAAUAAAGGUAUAAUAAUUUACUAUUACAUAUUCAAAUUCACAAUCCCUAGAGUCAUAAGAUCAUCUUCCCAAACCCUGCAUUAAUAAUAGUAGUGUUUUAUGCUCUUUUUUUAAAGUACAGUAAAAUUAGAGAAAUUCAACCUUGCAGCAACAGAACAAAAAAAGUUGAAAGACAUAAACAUGUGGAGUUCACCAAAGAACAAAAAAAAUAACACAAUUGGUUUUUUCCCAAAUGAAGAGAAUCUAUUAGAUACAAAGAGAUCUAAGUCUGAUGGUAGGCAAGAUAAAGAUACCAGUAGAAGUGAAGAUAACCGUACGUUAACUGUUCUGUUUGGUCGACUUGUGCAGUCUGUAGACAGGAACACUGAGGUGAUGCAUUGCGUCAUGCAAACAAUGGAUGUUUUAUCUAGGUCUACCAACAAAACAACACUUCCAGAUGAUACAGAUUUCAUUAUACCUGAUGCUAAAAGAUCUGAUAAGGUAGUUGUAGAACUCAAAUGUAAUUUCUUAAAAUCAAUGAUAUUGAUACAAUCAACCAGCAGUUUGAAGCCUGAAUUAUUUGUACAAGCAAAAUGGGAGGAGCCUCAACUUCAACACAGUUUAUUUGGCAGUAAAGACAAGGAUAGUGAAGAUCUAGACAAACUGAUUCCAUGGGAACCCAAGCUUAUAGUAAUGAAUAUAGAUGGUGCAUUUGUUCUGAAUCGUAAGACAUUUGACAUCAGAUUUCAUGAACCUGGUUAUAAAUGUCCAGUAGUCAUAGAACUGUGGCGCUUCAAAGGAUUCUUCAAAGAGAAUCUUGAGCUGGAACAUUUUCCUGUGGAUGUACAGGAUCUGACAAUAUCUAUAUCCACUGAAAGAUCUGACAAGGAAGUUGACCUUAUAGAAGAUCAGACAUCACUAAGUUCUAUCAACACUAAAGCAUUCAUGGACCAGGAGUGGAGUCUAUACAAACAUAUAGAAACAUCAAGGGAUUUCACAACUGUUGAAUACUGCAGUUCUACUGUGCACCCAAUUGUACAUGCACAAUGCAGAGUUGCUAGAAAGAUGGGCUAUUUUGUGUGGAAUAUAAUCUUCAUUAUGUUAUUGAUCAUCAGUCUAACUUUUGCUGCAUACACUAUAGAGCACGCAAAUGCUGAUAGAAUAAAUGUGACUAUUACCCUAUUCCUGACUGCAGUUGCCUUUAAAUUAGUUGUGAAACAAAGCUUACCAACUAUAUCAUACCUUACAUACCUGGAUGUAUAUGUGAUAGCAGCCCUGAUAUUCCUUGGUCUACAAGCUGCCCAGAAUGCUACAAUGAAUGCUCUUGGUCAUUUUCUGAUAAAAGAGCAGGUACAAUACUAUGACAAAUGGUCCAUGGUUCUAAUGGCAAUUGUUCUCAUUGUCUUCCAUAUAUUAUUUGCACUGUUCAUCUACCGAACUGCAUCAAAGCGAAGAAGAAUUAUGGAAGAAAAGGACAGAAUUUACCUUGGAAAGAGAGAGUUUCUAGAGAGAUAUGGUACCCUGCCACCAAGAUAUGAGAGCUGUUACAACGAUUCUAGUGAUGACUCAAUCAUUCCAGGGAGGAAAAUGAAAGUAGUUCUGCCAAGAUAAAAAAUUUCAGCAUCUAAAAUUGCAAUAUGAAUAUUUAUUUUAGCUCAUCAUAUUCAUCACAUACCAUUUUGUAUUUUUUCUAAACAGUAUAAUCAAAACUUAUAUAAUUGUUUAUAUAUAGUUGUUGAACAUACUCUUUUCAAACUUUUUAUUUUAAAGAUUUUUACAUUGCAGUUGAAUUUUAGGUCACAUGGGGACUAAGUGCUUAAAUUUGGCCAAAUCUUAAAUCAUGGUCACAAUGUGUCCAAAACAAGUUUGAUGUUUGUUGAAAAUUUAUUUUUUUACUAAAUUGUGCAAAUAAAUUUUUAUCUAUUCUUGAUUAAACAUUGUUAACAAAUUUAAAUCAAAUUGAAGAUGUCACAUCAACAGUGCAAAACAAGUUCACUUCAUACUUAAGAGAUAAAAUAUUAUUUAAACUGAAAUGAUAAAAUAUGUAUGGAAUUUUUACCUUGUUCAAGAAAAAAAAGUUUUUACCUGUUGUCUGAUCAUUAUAUGCAAGAAAAUUUUUAUUUUAUUUAAACCUGCCAGAAAUUUUUUUGUUAAACCUAAUGUUUUGAUUAUCAGUAUUUGUUUUUAUCCAAUAGCCUGUUUCUGCAUUAUAUAUGGAAAUUAUGCACAGCAAAAUCAUAUGAUAUUGGGCAAACCACAGGUGGGACUGGAACCACAGGUGUCUGGAUUGCCGGUACAGUAUGCUAACCACUUCACCACAGCAACUGUGUGUUUUCUUAUGCUAAUUGUAGUAAUUAACCUUUACUCACUGGCAAAUUACUAAAACCAUCUUUUACUUCUGUUGCUUUUUUAGUAAAAAUAUCAUGAUUUAAUAUUUUGUAUGGAAGUCAAAUUUAUUUGCAUUGUUUAUAUUUAUUUGCAUUGUAGCUUGAAUAUUCGCAGAAUAAUCGAGCUAGUGCAGUCACCCAUUUGUCGGCGUCGGCAUCCCUGUGGUUAAGUUUUUGCAUGUAAGCUGGUAUCUCCAUAACAAAUGAAGGGAAUGGAUUGAAACUUCACACACAUGUUCUCUGUGAUUAUCUAACGUGAUUGGCACAAGUGCCAUAACUCUGAUUGCCUUUUUGCAUAAUAAUGCCCUUUUUUUGACUUACAAAUUCUUGGUUAAGUUUUUGCAUGUAAGCUGCUAUCUUCAAAACAACUGAAAGAAAUGGAUUGAAACUUCACACACUUGUUGUCUGUGAUUAUCUUACAUGAUUAUCACAAGUCCCAUAACUCUGUUUUGUUUUUUUGCAUAAUUAUUCCCCAUUUUUGUCUUACAAAUUCUUGGUUAAGUUUUUGCUUGUAAGCAAGUAUCUCCAUAACUACUGGAGGGAAUGGAUUGAAACUUCACACACUUGUUCUCUGUGAUUAUCUAACAUGAUUAGCACAAGUCCCAUAGCUCUGAUUAGCUUAUUUGCAUAAUUAUGCCCCAUUUUCAACUUAAAAAUUCUUGGUUAAGUUUUUAGCUCAACUAUUCGAUAAGAAUAAGUAGAGCUAUUGUAGUCACCCGAGCGUGGAUUAAAACUUUUACACACUUGUUUUAAAUGAUUAUAUUAUAUGAUUGGCACAAGUCCCAUAACUCUGAUUUGCUUUUUUGCAUAAUUAUGCCCCAUUUUUACUUAGAAAUUCUUGGUUAAGUUUUUGUGAGUAAGCAAGUAUCUCCAUAACUAUUGAAAGAAAUGGAUUGAAACUUCACACACUUGUUGUCUGUGAUUAUCUUACAUGAUUAUCACAAGUCCCAUAACUCUGAUUUGAUUUUUUCUUGCAUAAUUAUGCCCCUUUUUCGGCUUAGAAAUUCUAGGUAAAGUUUUUGCUGGUAAGCUGGUAUCUCCAUAACUACUGAAGGGUUUGUGCCUUUUUUGGAACAAUUUUAUGCAUUCAUUAUAAUAAAGCAGUGAUUAAUUCAAUUAAACAUCUUAAUAACAAGCCUUUGUGCCUUUUCGGACAAUUUUAUGUAUUCAUAUAUUUAGCAUUAUUAUACUCAAUGAAACACCCUUGUGACAACUAUUUUGAAUAGUCGAGUGUUACUGUCCUCUGACAGUUCUUGUUUGACAGAUAAUUUCACAUGCAGUGUGACACCUUCAGAUGAUUAGCAUCUAUAAUGCUUUAAAACCAUUAUUCAAACAUUAUAAAACUUAUAUUGCCGUUUCUAAAUAUUGAAAAUUUUUUUAUUCAUUUCUGAGACAUAAUGUACCUUUAAAGUUAGUUAAUCUAGUCAUAUAUGCAGUAUGAAUUAUCUUCUCUGACUGCUCACCUGAGUACAACAUGUUCAAGGUGAGCUGAUUGUGAUUUCCCUGUGUCUGUUGUCCAGCAGAUUUUGAUGAAACUUUACAGAAAUACUAAAUAUUAAGUGAUCUUUGUAAAAUGAUUUCAGUUUCCUAAAUCAGAUGACCACCAAAGCCCAAAAAUAGAAUUAGGCCUUAAACAACAUACCUUCCACAAUGAUGCACAAAACAAUAAUUAAAUUAUUACAGUUUGCUGAACCAGAUGGCUUCCUGGGAGAUAAAUAUGCAAAAAUGACAUAAACCUUUAUAACAAAAUAGGAACUGCCUAAUAAUGAAAUCUUUUCCAUGUAAACCGUAUAUCAGAAGUUGGGUAAUUAAGGGCUGUCAUGGCCCUCUUAUUAGUUCAAUAUUAGCUCAACAGCUAAUUAACAACUUACAGUUGCCUAGUUCUAAGUUUUUGGUAAAAAGUGUAGCCGUAACUCUAAACAAAAUUGAUGAUUUAGAACUUCUGUUCUACAGCAAAAAUGAAAAAAUUAAUAUAUAAAAAAUCCUAUAUAAAUAAAAAAUUAUAAAUAGUUUUAAAGAAAGACUUUUUAUAAUUUAUCGUUCAAUAUUGCUUUGUAAAUAAUGAGCUCAAAAUGAAAAUUGAUAUCUAUUUUCUAAACAAGAAAUAUAUGAAUAUGUAUAUAGAUGUAUAUAUAUUAAAUCUUAAAGCUGCAUGCCUCCAAAUGAGCCAAAAUAUUUCAAGAAAAUCAAACUUGAGAAAAAAGUACAGAGAUUUUAAGAAUAGUAAAAAGAUUUAAUAGAAAGGGUAUUAUUUGCGUGUUAUGUUCAAUUUGCAGUAAUUUUCACCAUAUUUUCUACUGCAUUACUAAUGCAGUAAGUGAUAUUUUUGCAUAUUUUGACAUCUUUUUGGUAAUUUACAUUGGUUGUGAGUGUUAUUUGCCAUGUGUAAAUUGAUUUCUUUGUUCACUUGACAAUAUUUUACUUGGUAAUACAUUUCAGAAUUUUCAUGAAAAUUAGCAUGAAUCUGGAGUCGUGCUACUUUAAAAUGAUAGAUAUACCUUUCUUCGGAUUAUUUUAAAACUAAAUAUAUAUUGUUAUCUGUGUGUAUUUAGCAGGUACUUAAAUGAUAUUGUGAUAAAAAAAUCUGCUUCUUUUUUUUUGUUAUUGAUUUUUUGACUAGUUUAGUUGAUAAACAUGGCAGAGAAUGUGUAUAAUAACUAGCUUACUGUGAUGAGAAAUGUUUUAUAUGAAAAUUUUUACAAUAUUGAUAUUGAGAUGUUAUUGCAUGACAAAAGAAAUGUUUCAAAGUUCAGGUUAUUUUACCUUUUGUAUGUAAAAAUUAUUAUGUUGUUUGUCUGUUAAUAAUUUAAUCAUAUAAGUUGCUAUUAAAAAUAUAAUAAAGAAAAACA